CUGUCGGGUCUCCUCCCCUGCCGGAAUUGCGCGCCCCGGAGCCCGGGGCCUCCGGCGCUGUGCCCACCCCGCUCCAGCUCGCGUCUCCCGACUCCAAUUAGAACAGCCCGACGGCCAUGGAGGCCGAAGAGACGAUGGAAUGCCUUCAGGAGUUCCCUGAACAUCAUAAAAUGAUCCUGGACCGAUUGAAUGAACAGCGAGAGCAGGACCGGUUUACUGACAUCACCCUGAUUGUCGACGGACACCAUUUUAAGGCCCACAAGGCUGUUUUGGCUGCUUGCAGCAAGUUCUUUUACAAAUUCUUUCAGGAGUUUACUCAGGAACCUUUGGUGGAGAUAGAAGGUGUUAGUAAAAUGGCCUUUCGUCAUUUGAUUGAGUUCAGAUAUACAGCAAAAUUAAUGAUACAAGGAGAAGAAGAAGCCAACGAUGUAUGGAAAGCAGCAGAGUUUCUACAAAUGCUUGAAGCUAUCAAAGCCCUUGAAGUCAGGAACAAAGAAAACUCAGCUCCACUAGAGGAAACUACCACAGGAAAAAGUGAAGCAAAAAAAAGAAAGAUUGCAGAAACUUCAAAUGUUAUCACGGAGUCAUUGCCGUCUGCAGAAUCUGAACCUGUUGAAAUCGAGGUGGAGAUUGCUGAAGGCACAAUCGAAGUGGAAGAUGAAGGCAUUGAAACAUUAGAGGAUGUGGCUACUGCCAGGCAGUCCAUAAAGUAUAUUCAGAGCACAGGUUCCUCUGAUGAUUCCGCUCUGGCAUUAUUGGCAGAUAUCACCAGCAAGUACCGUCAGGGUGAUAGAAAAGGGCAGAUUAAAGAUGAAGAUGGCUGUGCCUCUGACCCCACAAGCAAACAGGUAGAAGGUAUUGAAAUUGUGGAACUUCAGCUGUCACAUGUGAAGGACUUGUUCCAUUGUGAGAAAUGUAAGCGUUCAUUUAAAUUGUUUUACCAUUUUAAGGAACACAUGAAAUCACACUCCACUGAGAGUUUCAAGUGUGAAAUAUGCAAUAAAAGGUAUCUUCGGGAGAGCGCGUGGAAACAGCACCUCAAUUGUUACCACCUUGAAGAAGGUGGAGUCAGUAAGAAGCAAAGAACUGGGAAAAAUAUUCACAUAUGUCAGUACUGUGAGAAACAGUUUGACCACUUUGGACAUUUUAAAGAGCAUCUUCGAAAGCAUACAGGUGAAAAACCUUUUGAAUGUCCGAAUUGUCAUGAACGAUUUGCUAGAAAUAGCACCCUGAAAUGUCACCUGACUGCAUGCCAAACUGGAGUGGGGGCAAAAAAGGGAAGAAAGAAGCUUUAUGAAUGUCAGGUCUGUAAUAGUGUGUUUAACAGCUGGGACCAGUUCAAAGAUCACUUGGUAAUACACACUGGAGAUAAACCCAACCAUUGUACUUUGUGUGACUUGUGGUUUAUGCAAGGAAAUGAAUUAAGGAGGCAUCUCAGUGAUGCUCAUAAUAUUUCAGAGCGUCUAGUAACUGAAGAAGUUCUUUCAGUAGAAACACGUGUGCAAACUGAACCUGUGACAUCAAUGACUAUUAUAGAACAAGUUGGGAAGGUGCACGUGUUACCAUUGCUUCAGGUUCAAGUGGAUUCAGCACAAGUGACUGUGGAACAGGUCCACCCAGAUCUGCUCCAGGACAGCCAAGUGCACGAUUCACAUAUGAACGAGCUUCCAGAACAGGUCCAGGUAAGUUAUCUAGAAGUGGGUCGAAUUCAGACUGAAGAAGGUACCGAAGUACAUGUAGAGGAGCUGCAUGUUGAACGGGUAAAUCAGAUGCCAAUGGAAGUACAAACUGAGCUUCUAGAAGCAGACUUGGAUCAAGUGACCCCUGAAAUCAUGAACCAAGAGGAGAGAGAGCCUACCCAAGCAGAUGCUGCUGAGGCGGCCAGAGAAGAUCACGAAGAUGCUGAGGGUUUAGAGACCAAAUCAACGGUGGAUUCCCAAGCUGAAAAGUCAGGAAAUGAGAACAGAACACCUAUGCCAGUUUUAGAAUGAAA